UGGGCGCCGGGGCCGUUGCUAGCUCUGGAGGAGGCUACGGAGCAGCUGCCGCUGGGCCCGGGCGGAGGGCCACGCUACGCUUGAGUCGCGAGGAGGGGCGCGUGGUCGUCGGCCCACCGCGAACCUCCCCCAGCCCGCAGCACGGCGCCUUCCCGCCGGGUCGCCUGCCUCCGCCUUCCGCUUCCCUCCAUUUCCCCGGAAUCUCAGCCCGGAGCGCCUGGAUCUCGGCCCGUCUCUGGGUGGGGAAGCGAGCGGCCGCUUUCGGUCUUCCAACUCCCUCCUCGCAGCGUGGGCUUCCAGCCCCCCUCCCGCCCCCCUUUCUCUUUCUCCGGGACUGGCUCCACCCAUCUCGGUCCCUUUCCUUUAGCCCCGGCUUCCGAUCUCUUCCCUUAGCCCCGCGUCCCAGCCCCGUCUCUUUCCGCAGCCAAGACUCACAGCUUUCCCUCUGCCCCACCUUUCCCUGGGGGGGCUAGCCUUCCCUGCCCCUUCCGCUGCCCCAGGACCCUGUGUCCCCUCCCGGCCCCGUUAGCGGACCUGGGGUUCCAGACCCUUUGGUACCCUCCAGUAGUCCUACUGGGUCCGUGCCCCCUCCCCCAGUUUGGAGCCCCAGAUCUUGCUUUCAAAACUUGGGAGUUUGCAAAAGCCCCUAGCCUCUCCUUACUCCCAGAGGGCAACUUGCACAAAAAUAGCCUGUCUAAACAUGAAUUUUUCUUAGAGACAGCCCAGUCUCUAUUCCCACCUGCUGAUCCCUUGCUACCUAUGUCCCAGCUCUAACGCUCCCUCUGCUAAAGAUUGGGGCCUGGUGGGCCCAGGGAGCCAGAAGAUGCUUCUGUGGUCGGGCACCUGUGGCCUCACCACACCACGCAUCUUCCCCUCGUUCCUGGUGGUGGUAGCUUUGGUGGGGCUGCUGCCCGUUCUCAGGAGCCACGGCCUCCAGCCCAGCCCCACUGCCAGCACCAUCCGGGGCUCCGACCCGCCACGGGAACGCUCGAUCGGGGAUGUCACCACGGCCCCACCAGAGGUCACCCCAGAAAGUCGCCCUGUUAACCACUCCGCCACCGAUCACGGCACAAAGCCACGGAAGCCCUUUCCAGUCCUGAGCAUCGACUACGGACACGUGCGCACACCCUUCGAGAUCGCCCUGUGGAUCCUGCUGGCAUGUCUCAUGAAGAUAGGUUUCCAUGUGAUCCCCACCAUCUCCAGCAUCGUCCCAGAGAGCUGCCUGCUGAUUGUGGUGGGCCUGCUGGUAGGGGGCCUGAUCAAGGGCGUGGGCGAGAAGCCCCCCCUCCUGCAGUCGGACAUCUUCUUCCUGUUCCUGCUGCCGCCCAUCAUCCUGGACGCGGGCUACUUCCUGCCCCUGCGGCAGUUCACCGAGAACCUGGGCACCAUCCUGAUCUUCGCCGUGGUGGGCACGCUGUGGAACGCCUUCUUCCUGGGCGGCCUCAUGUACGCCGUGUGCCUGGUGGGUGGCGAGCAGAUCAACAACAUCGGCCUGCUGGACAACCUGCUCUUCGGCAGCAUCAUCUCGGCCGUGGACCCCGUGGCCGUGCUGGCCGUCUUUGAGGAGAUCCACAUCAACGAGCUGCUGCACAUCCUCGUCUUUGGGGAGUCCCUGCUCAAUGAUGCCGUCACCGUGGUCCUGUACCACCUCUUUGAGGAGUUUGCCAACUACGAGCAGAUCGGCAUUGUGGACAUCAUCCUCGGGUUCCUCAGCUUCUUCGUGGUGGCCCUGGGCGGGGUGUUUGUGGGCGUGGUCUACGGGGUCGUCGCCGCCUUCACCUCCCGAUUCACCUCCCACAUCCGGGUCAUCGAGCCGCUCUUCGUCUUCCUCUACAGCUACAUGGCCUACCUGUCAGCCGAACUCUUCCACCUGUCGGGGAUCAUGGCACUCAUUGCUUCAGGAGUGGUGAUGCGCCCCUAUGUGGAAGCCAACAUCUCCCACAAGUCCCACACGACCAUCAAGUACUUCCUGAAGAUGUGGAGCAGCGUCAGCGAGACCCUCAUCUUCAUCUUCCUGGGCGUCUCCACCGUGGCGGGCUCCCAUCACUGGAACUGGACCUUCGUCAUCAGCACCCUGCUCUUCUGCCUCAUCGCCCGAGUGCUGGGUGUGCUGGGCCUGACCUGGUUCAUCAACAAGUUCCGCAUCGUGAAACUGACGCCCAAGGACCAGUUCAUCAUUGCCUACGGGGGCCUGCGAGGGGCCAUCGCCUUCUCCCUCGGCUACCUGCUGGACAAGAAGCACUUCCCCAUGUGUGACCUGUUCCUCACAGCCAUCAUCACCGUCAUCUUCUUCACCGUCUUUGUGCAGGGCAUGACCAUCCGGCCACUGGUAGACCUGUUGGCUGUGAAGAAAAAGCAGGAAACAAAGCGCUCCAUCAAUGAGGAGAUCCACACACAGUUCCUGGACCACCUUCUGACAGGCAUCGAGGACAUCUGUGGCCACUACGGCCACCACCACUGGAAGGACAAGCUCAACCGGUUUAAUAAGAAGUACGUGAAGAAGUGUCUGAUCGCCGGCGAACGCUCGAAGGAGCCCCAGCUCAUCGCCUUCUACCACAAGAUGGAGAUGAAGCAGGCCAUCGAGCUGGUGGAAAGCGGGGGCAUGGGCAAGAUCCCCUCCGCUGUCUCCACCGUCUCCAUGCAGAACAUCCACCCCAAGUCCCUGCCUGCUGAGCGCAUCCUGCCAGCACUGUCCAAGGACAAGGAGGAGGAGAUCCGGAAAAUCCUGAGGAAUAACUUGCAGAAGACCAGGCAGAGGCUGCGGUCCUAUAACAGACACACGCUGGUGGCGGACCCCUAUGAGGAGGCCUGGAACCAGAUGCUUCUCCGGAGACAGAAGGCCCGGCAGCUGGAACACAAGAUCAAUAACUACCUGACGGUGCCUGCUCACAAGCUGGACUCACCCACCAUGUCCCGGGCCCGCAUCGGCUCAGACCCCCUGGCCUAUGAGCCAAAGGCAGAUCUGCCCGUGAUCACCAUCGACCCAGCCUCGCCCCAGUCGCCCGAGUCUGUGGACCUGGUCAACGAGGAACUGAAGGGCAAGGUCCUGGGGCUGAGCCGGAAUCCAGUGAGCGUGGCCGAGGACGACGAGGACGAUGACGGCCUUGUGAUGCGGUCCAAAGAGCCCUCGUCGCCGGGCACUGACGACGUCUUCACCCCUGGGCCCAGCGACAGCCCCAACUCCCAGAGAAUACAGCGCUGCCUCAGUGACCCGGGCCCCCACCCUGAGCCAGGGGAGGGCGAGCCCUUCAUCCCCAAGGGGCAAUAAGCCCAGGGGUCUGCCCACCGCAGACUCUCUCACCAGAGCAGGGGCUGCUGCGAACUGGGCACCGGGGCUCCCCUCGCCCUAGCUGACCGAGGCUGGCCCUGUCUUACCCCACCGCAUGGCAGCUGGGCCCACCGCCCCCCGCCGCAGCACGGCUUCCCGCAGCCCCCUGGGAAGCGUCCUCUCACCCCCAGAACUGCCUUCCCAAUCCACUGGGGCUGGCGAGGGUGGUCCAGGCGCUCCCCCACAUCCAGACGAGGGGAGUUUCUCAGACCCCAGGGUCCCUCCCUGCCCCCGCGCCCCUCCGCCAGCCUCCUCACUCAAGCCAAUCUUCUAUAACCAAAGAGCCUUUGGCUCAGGCCUGUCCCACGUGGGAGGGGAAGGAG